AUGUCAGAGAAGCCGAGCGACGUGCACAUUGAAAAGCUCAGAGGCGACGACAAGACCCAGCUAGCCUACCUAUCUGAUCGGGAGGACCACGACACGGGCAUCGCCGCCUCUUUUGUCAGGUACCCCUGGGCAUGCGCGUGGUGCUUCUACGCGACGUGGUGCGUCACUCUCCUCAGCUUUGACGUGCAGGCGUCGGGGAGCGUCGUGGGCAUCCCCCGGUUCCGACGGGACUUUGGGUACGAGUACCAGGGGAGCUAUGUGCUCCCUGCCGCGUGGCAGUCGGCCUUCGGCGGAGGACCCAUCGCUACUGCCGUUGUGGCUUCGCUCGUAUCAGCCCAGCUCGCCGACAUGAUCGGUAGGAAGAAGGUGCUGAUAGGGAGUCUGGUGAUUUCGUUCGUCGCCGUUGCCAUCGAGUUUAUCGCUACGACGAAUGCUGUGUUUUUUGUGGGCAAGCUACUCAACGGCUUCAUGGUGGGAACUGUCGGAACCAUUAUGAUUUCCUACAUUGGUGAGAUCUCUCCCCUCUCUCUACGUGGAAUAUUUACCUGCGGUGUGGGGGUGUCGUACGGCGUCGGACCGCUGGUGGCAUUCAUCGUCAUCAACUACACGGGGGAGAUGGACUCGCGGUGGGCGUAUCGCACGGUGUUUUGCACACAGUUUGGGUUUGCGGGCGUUGCCGCCAUCUUUUGCCCGUUUAUGCCCGAAUCACCCUGGUGGCUGAUGUCCAAGGGACGCACGGACAGUGCCCUCAGGGCACUGCACAGACUAGGCCACACGGGCGAGCAGGGUAACCGGAAGCUGGCCCAGAUCGAGCUGACGCUGAGGGAGGUGGCCAGAGAGACGGAGGGGGCCACGUACCUCGAAUGCGUGCGCAGGUCCAACCUCCGGCGCACCAUUGUCAGCGUGAUGCCCAUGUGCAUCCAGUCGCUGUCGGGCAUCGUCUUUGUGGCCGGCUACUUCACGUACUACCUCCAGCUGGCGGGCUACUCGACGUCGACGAGCUACCGCAUCCAGAUUGCGCAGCCCGUGCUGUCCAUCGUGGGCAACCUAACGGCCGCCGCUGUGAUUGACCGCGUGGGGCGGCGCAACCUGACCUUUUACGGGCUCGCGGUCCUCACGGCUCUGCUGCUCGUCACCGGCGGCCUGGGCACGGACACAACCUCGCGGCCCGUUGUCAAGGGCACCGUCGCCUUCAUCCUCAUCUACAGCUGGUGGUACAAUGUGUCGAUCGGGUCGUCGGCCUUCCCGCUCCUGUGCGAGGUGUCGACGGCGAGGCUGCGCGUCAAGACCAUCGCCAUCGGCUACGCGCUACAAAACGCCAUCAACGUCAUGUGGCAGUUCGUCAUCCCCUACAUGUUCAACCCGGACCGGGCCAACCUGGGGGCGAAGAUUGCCUUCAUCUUUGGUGGGCUGUGCUUCUUCUGCCUCGUAUACCUGUGGCUGUACCAGCCCGAGACGUCCGGCCGCUCGUACCAGGAGCUUGAUGAGAUGUUCAUCAAGGGCGUGCCGGCCAGGGAGUUCAAGACGUAUAGAACUGAAGUGCAGGAGAAGGAUGAGGCAGCCGCGGCUGUUGACGGACUCAAGAGUGUGUAG